UGCUGCCCUGCUCUCAGUUCCGCACUCCGCGACCCGGCGAGCGGUUGGUUUGGUUGGAGCGGGUCAGGCGGUAUCUCAGCGGGAGCAAAGGUGCCCGUUCUUAUGGUCGGGCAGGGCGCCUCUACGGACCGCAGCCGCUCCAGUACCGCCUCCCGCUCCGCUCGCCGCGUACCUGACAGCCAGUAGCGGAGGCGCCAGCAUGGCUAGUUCUGGCGAGGGCAGCGGCAGCCGCCCCAGGAGCUGACAGAGCCUACCACCCAUCGCCCGUUCGCCGUCGGCCGAUUAACCACGGGUCGCCAUCGCCUGCCUGCAUUCAGCCAAGGGCUCCAACCGAGAGGGAGCCGUGGUUUUGCGAAGAAGAGGCGGCGGCCGUGGCGGCGGCAGGGACUCGAGAAAACUUCCUGUCGCUGGGGAGGACUACGAAGUUGCCCCCGGCGGCGGCCCGAGACGACAGGCGCGGGCUAGUCCCGCUGUUCGUCCGCUCUGAGUGUGGCGGCGGCGGCGGCGGGUGCCGCAGGGGAGCCUUGCGAACGGGCCGCCCCGCGGUUAUCCCGCGGCCGUCGUCAUCCUUUAGGCGGAACCUACCCCUGGGGCUGUCAUGCCAGCCGUCAGCCUGCUGCCGCUCUUCGGCAGCCCCGCGGGCCCGGGCGCCUUGGGUGGCUCCUUAGGCGGGGGGCCCUUGGGUGGCCCCGGGGGCAGAAAGGGGCCCGGCCCCAGCGGUGCGUUCCGCCUGACGGAAAAGUUCGUACUGCUGCUGGUGUUCAGCGCCUUCAUCACGCUUUGCUUCGGGGCCAUCUUCUUCCUGCCGGACUCCCCCAAGCUGCUGAGCGGUGUCUUCUUCCACUCGACCACCCUCCAACAGCCGCCGCCGGUUCCACCCGCGCAGGGCGAUCCGCACGUCCCGCAGCUGGCGGGUGCGGGGAGUAGCAGCAGUUACGGGGCCGGCGCGGAGGAAGCGGCGGAGAACUUGGCCAAGAUCCGCGAGGAUCACGAGCGCGCUUUGCGAGAGGCGAAAGAGACUCUGCAGAAGCUGCCCGACGAGAUCCGUAGGGACAUCCACCAGGACAAGGUGAAGCUUCUCCUGCAGGACAAGUUGGGCAGGAGAGAGGCGGGGGCUCCCGGAUUGCCCGACUUGCCUUUCCGCAAACCUAUCGGGGCAGUAGGAGCGGAACCGAGCGAUCCCGCCGUCCAGAAGAAAAGAGAAAAGAUCAAAGAGAUGAUGAAACAUGCCUGGGAUAAUUAUAAACAUUAUGCCUGGGGAUUAAAUGAACUGAAACCCAUAUCAAAACAAGGACACUCAAGCAAUUUAUUUGGUAAUAUUCAAGGAGCAACUAUUGUUGAUGCCUUAGAUACACUGUCUAUCAUGGAAAUGAAAGAAGAAUUCAAAGAAGCCAAAGAGUGGGUGGAAAAAAAUCUUGAUUUCAAUGUGAAUGCAGAAGUCUCAGUUUUCGAAGUAAACAUCCGUUUUGUUGGAGGGCUGCUUUCAGCGUACUAUCUUUCUGGAGAAGAGAUAUUCCGAAAAAAAGCAGUAGAACUAGGAGAGAAGUUGCUUCCAGCUUUUAAUACUCCCACAGGAAUUCCUUGGGCGUUGUUAAAUAUCAAAAGUGGCAUUGGUCGAAACUGGCCCUGGGCUUCAGGUGGAAGCAGUAUUUUGGCAGAAUUUGGAACACUCCAUUUGGAGUUCAUACACUUAAGCUACUUAUCUGGAAAUCCGCUGUUUGCUGAAAAGGUGAUGAACAUUCGAAAAGUAUUAAAUAGGUUGGAUAAACCAGAAGGACUUUAUCCUAAUUAUCUCAAUCCUAACAGUGGUCAAUGGGGUCAGCAUCAUGUCUCCGUUGGAGGACUUGGAGAUAGUUUUUAUGAAUAUUUGCUUAAAGCAUGGCUGAUGUCUGAUAAGACAGAUGAAGAAGCCAGGCAAAUGUAUUAUAAUGCUGUUCAGUCCAUAGAAACCCAUCUAAUCAGGAAAUCCAGCAAUGGUUUAAUGUACAUUGCUGAGUGGAAAGGUGGCCUGCUUGAACACAAAAUGGGUCAUCUUACUUGUUUUGCUGGAGGGAUGUUUGUUCUGGGUGCAGAUGGAGCACCAGCGGAUAAAACUGGACAUCACACUGAACUUGGAGCUGAAAUUGCCCGUACAUGUCAUGAAUCUUAUGAUCGUACAGGCAUGAAAUUGGGGCCAGAAGCUUUUAGAUUUGAUGGUGGAGUUGAGGCGAUUGCUACCAGACAGAAUGAAAAAUACUACAUCUUACGACCUGAAGUUAUAGAAACCUAUAUGUAUAUGUGGCGAUUCACUCAUGACCCCAAGUACCGGCAGUGGGGUUGGGAAGCUGUAGAGGCAUUGGAAAAAUACUGCAGAGUAGAUGGUGGCUAUUCUGGACUUAGAGAUGUUUACAGCAACCGUAAAAGCCAUGAUGAUGUGCAACAGAGUUUCUUCCUUUCAGAAACACUCAAGUAUUUAUACUUACUAUUCUCUGAAGAUGAUAUUCUUCCAUUUGAACAUUGGGUCUUUAAUACGGAGGCACACCCUCUCCCAGUUAUCAAAAGAGAAAAAGAGAAAAAAGAAAGCGAAUAAAACUACUUUGAAUUUUAUUUGGGUACAUUAUAUGGCUGUUAAUGUUCUAGCUGUCAUUUUUGAGUUUUAAACCAGGUUUUGUUUCUUGUUUUGUUUCUUUUUUCGUUUGUUUGUUUGUUUCUUGCAGUCUGCUCUCAACCUGGCAAUCUUUAUCAAGGGACCUAAUGUCAUUAAUUUUAAUUAUUAAUAUUUAUGUUUUCCCAGGAAGUAACAUGUCAUCUCUAGAUUUUGUUGACCAUAGUGUGUAUUUGGUCAAACAGAAUACAGAAUUCAGCAAGUUACUUACUUUUUGCUUUAUGUUUAGACUGCAAAAUUGUUUUCUCCUCUGUGAGGAGAUGUCUGCUUUAAGCUGUAAUACUUUGCUGUGUUGCAAAAAGCCAUAAAGAAUUAAGUACGAAGAGCUUUUUUCUUUUUUAAAUCAGUUCCAGUGGGAUUUGUCUGAUCAAUGGAGACAAAUCUAGCUGUGACAGCCUCUUCUUAUGCGGGUCUAUCAUUAAUUGGUAAUUGGAAUACUUAGAAAGAUGUAAUAUUCAUAUAAACCAGAUAUAGUUUUAUCUUAUCUGUAUAUACCAUUACAUUGAACUGUGGCUUGUCUUGGAAGCCUGAAUUAUGAAAUUUUUUCACAUAUAAUUUUAGAACAUAUUUGCAUAUCAAGCCUAACCAUAGAUAACUUUGGUGCCCAUCCUUUUCUUUCUUUUUCUUUCUUUCUUUCUUUCUUUCUUUCUUUCUUUCUUUCUUUCUUUCUUUCUUUCGUCUCUGAAUUUGUUUCAUAAGCAACCAUGAAAUUGAGUUGGCUUCUGGACAUACAGUAGGUUUACAGAUACCCUUUGAGACACAGUUCUCACAGGCUGUCUUGGUGAAAAUGGAGCUUCAGCAGUAUUUUCACCAGAAAGAAAAAUCUAUUUCCUGUAAAACCUUAGUUGUUAUGCAAGACAAAUUAACCUAAUAUGUGAUAUCCUUUUUGUGCUUUGAAAUUUAUCCUAUUUAGAGAUUGGUUAGUCCAGUUCUGUAAGUCUGUUAUUGCUGUUCCCAACAUUCCAUUAGCAUUAUCUUCCAUUUAAUGGAUAUGGGGCACAAUGAUGUGGAAAGAGGAGGAUAAUAUACCUCAAAGGUACCAUGUUUUAGAAGUUCACAUUGUGGCUCUAAUUCUCUUUUGAAAGAAUUGACCACAGUACUUUAAUGCUUUGCUGCAGGGGGUGGGGGGACCUAAACUGUUCCCUUAUUUAUCAAAGUGAUAAUGUUGACGAUCUUUUUGAGUUUUGUUAUGAAAUGGUUCUUUUUCCUGUUUACAUUUGGGAUGCUUCUGUAAAUAGGAUAGUUUUAAUGAUUGACAUUAAACAUGACAAGUUGCGGUGAAUUUUAUAUGAUUUGUCAUGUUUAGCAGCCUUCAUGUAAGAAAGCAGAAUUUUGUUGAAAAGAAAGCUGGGGAGGAAUGACCAACAGAAGGGAACUUGUUAUGGUAGCGUUGCUUCUUUAUGUAGCUUUUAAAACUGAAUUUUGGCUAUCCUCUAGUCCUAAAAGUUUCAUUGCAGUCCUAAAAAUUGUAUUGACCAUACAGUGACACAUCAGCCUACAUGGACACCCAGAUAGGUUAACAUUGUUACUGCAAACAUGUUUAUGCCAUCAAAUUUAACCAUCAAAGUUUUGAGCCAAGACAACUACUUGCAAAAUUGCAUAAACUCACUCCCUGAUCCACAGACAACCUGAACAUACAUAGUGUGUGCCAGUAUUUGUACUGAUGUGAGGUUUUGCAAAACUUGCUACACCUCAGUAUAAUGGUUUUCUCUGCACUAUGGCUUAGUCAUGCUACAGUGCUGCUGCAACAUCACAAGUACUUGUGAACACCUUAGAUGAUCAUAUUGUGCUGGGUUCUAGGUUUGGCCAUAAUGCUAUCUGUGAUCUGGCAAUCUGAAUAGGGAGAGCCACAAGCAAUAAUUCCCCUUCUUGCCCCCCCCCAACCUCCCAAUUUUACCUGAAUCCUUUUCUGUCUCUCUCUCUGCCAGCUUGCAUACUAAGCUUCACACACCCUCCAAAUCUUAAAAACUAUUGAGAAUCAAACAUGGCAGCUGAAGAAUCAUUGAGAGAAGUUAUUGGAGGAACGAGGCUGACAUUCAUGCAUAUUUGGAACAGGACUGUUACAGCUGGCAAAUUAUUAUGAAUCUUUUUGUACAAAUGAUGUCAUUUCUUGUUUAUGUGGAAUACUACUAACAUGCAUACAAUUACUAGUAUCAAUCAGAUUGAAAACUGCUUUUCAUUUGUGGAGCUCUUGUGUUUUGUGUUUGCUUCUUUACACACUGAAGUACCUUUACAUUCAGUUUUUCAGAUGCUGAUUUACAGAAAGGCAAAUACUUUUUCUAAUGUGGAACAUUGGGGCAAAUUAAUUUCUGCUUUAUUUCUAGAUUUUAAUGCUUGUAGGUGUGACCUGGAAAAAACAUGUAAGAAUUAUAUCACAAAUAAUUCAUAGCCACAGUUGCUUUUCUUGCCACAAUAAAUAUCUGGAAUAAAUAAUGAGGUUUCUUUUUAGUUACAGCAAGUGUUACAAUCCAGAUAUAACAUAAAAUUAAUUACCAAAUAAAAUUAACCUCUUUUAUUAGCAAAGAAAGAUAGCUUCUGUAGCUGCUCAGCAUGUUAACUAAUAAGACAUAUCUGCAGUAUAUAAUUACAUAGAGUGAGCAGAAUCAAAAUAUAUACUGCUAUACAGGGUUUUUUAUUAUUAUUCACACUGAUACAAAUCUACUGGUAUUGAUUGGCCAAGAUAUUUUUAAAGUCAGUGCACUUUCUGAAAACAAGUAGGGCAGCAAUCAUUUGUGUAGCUAAUGUGCAAUAUUAUUGGUUCAGAGCCAUCACAUUUUAAAAAAUUUAUGUAACAGUUUUCAUGUAAAAUGUACAGUUUAUUUCCAUUUCUUAAUCUUUAUUGUUCUAACUGAAGUGCCAUUUUUACUUUCUUUGGGAGCCAACCACUGAUGGUAAAAGUCUGUUAUGGCCUCUAACCUUGAAAUCCUUUUCACAAAACACACUGUAAGCUAUUAUUCCACCUCAUGACGCUGUGCACUGCCAUGACUUGCCUUGCAUCAUCCAACAGAUGAUAAUUAAAUUCUUAGUCCUGUUCAAGACCCUUUGAAGACCACUUUUUGUUAAACAUUUUAAUCUUGUAAGAAUAAACUGAUAAAACUAAAAGCUGAUUACCUGGUAUGGCUCUCCAUCUCUGACACAAUACUUCGUAUCCAAGACUCCACUGUCUUGUAGGACCAUCGGUAGUCCUUUAUAGUACCAGCCCACUGCUUCUCUGUCUUCCACAUAUAUCCUGAACAUAUCAUAAAUCAGUUCCUCAAUGGUAUGUUUACACGAAGGUAUUUGGAAUAGCAAAUAAAUUUGUCACCAUUUUUAAGGCUAUAAUCCAAGGGUUAGUGGGGUUUGUAGGGGGGUUGGUGCUUUUUUUUUUUGAUUAACAUAAGUGCUCCAAGUCCAUACAUAAUUGGACUUAAGUAUCCUUCACAGUUGUGCUCUGUUAGGCAUCCAGCAAUCCAGUUCCAAUACUACGCCAGCUUGCUCCCCAAAAUGCACCAAUUAAAAAAAAAUACAAGGGAAUUAUUUCACUUGUUCUUUCUAAUCAUUGUUUAAUUUGUGAAGCAGGUAUUGCCUCAUGCAUGGCUUUUGCCCCAUUCCCCCCCCCCCACUUUUGCUGCCAGUCCUCCAGUAUGUACUGCAUCAAGAUGCCAUUUGGGGUAAAUUGGACUCUGACCUGCUCACAUGUAACCUUAAGGUGCAACAGACUGAUUUCGAGCUACCAUAUUGUGUGAACCUAGCCAUUGUGGUUUAUUCAGUAAAUCAUGAGCCAGUGAAUCAUGGCUUAAUUUAAUGUUUGUGAAGUCAUUAAUGUUUUCCUGUGGCCAUCUUUGUCUGCUUCUAUAAGUCAAAUGAAAAAUGAACAUAUAAAAAUAGCGGGAAUUAUUCCCCACCCUCUUUUCCAUCCUUUACAGGCAAUUAAUUGUGCAUAAUCUCCUUAAAAACAUUGACUCAAGUGUUUUUAUCAAUUUCAUAUUUCUUUUUAUGGAGAGUUGUAAUUUUCUCAUGGGUAUUAUUAUUUAAAACAGCACAAAGUUUCUAUAGUUCUAUAACUUAGAGGUAAUCAGGUUGUAUGUACAAGCUGCACUAAUGUAUCUUUUUGUAAAGUGAUGUAAGUAGACAAGAAGAUUGUAUAUCCCUUAGAAUUGCGAAGUAUAAAAGAAACAUGUUUUAUAUCUUCAAAACGGCAAUGUUGAGUUUUACAGAAAACUGCCAAAGUAUAAAGCUUCAGAUUGAUUGCCAUUUUAAAAGUUAUUGCUGAAAUAUUAUUUACAAUGGCGUGAAUAGCUUCAGAUUAUCUUUUUUAGAAUUUACUAGCAAUGUCACACAAGCAACUUCGGGACUCCCUUUUAUCCCUCCAGAGAUGACUGAAUUAACGCUGACCUCUGUGUAUGUAGUUUAAAACUAAAGUAACUCUAUUUUUUUUAAGUCUUUUCCAGAUUAGAUAGCAUCUAAAUCUCCAUUGCUAUUUAGCAUAUCACAAUGUAGUUGUUCAAAUACUUAAUAUACAAAACCCUGGAAACUUGAUUUAAGUACCAUGUGUGUUGUAUGACAGCUUUAUAAUCCCGAAUGACAUUUUGUUGGUAAGGUGAACUGACCAUGCAGUCAUUUUGUUUCAAUGUUUGUUUGUGCAUAUUCCACUUAGUCUUUUUCCACCUUUAUAGAAAUAUCUGGUUACAACAGAUCAAAAUGCUUAAUUUUUACGAACUAUAUUUGUAAAAAAAAAUCUAUUGUGAAUAAAGUCUUUUAAUAAGUCCUUUCACUUGGCA